AUGAAAUGGAUCCAUCCCAGAGCUGGUCACAACUUCAAAGACUGUAAGAGAACUAAUCUUCUUGUUUCAGCGUUUUCAAGAGUUACUGAAGCUUGUACCGCCUUUAUAACCAGAGAACUAUACUCGAACGGCCUUAAAAGACCUGUUCCAGAUUCAAUAUUUCGUUCACAAAAUUUGAAUGAUUUGAGGACCAGCGACAUAACUGCAAGAUUUGGCCAUGUUCCACAAAUAGCUAGCAAGAGCCUACGGCUUCUAUAUUUAACUGGAAACAUGUUGUCUGGCGAUAUCGAAUCAGGAGUCUUCCUCACUGCAAGCACCAAUAUUGAUUUAUCUUACAACAACUUCACAUGGUCUUCAGGCUGCAAAGAGAGAAAGUGUGAAUGUGAACACAUACAAGAGCUCAAAUUCAAGAAACAGCCUCCUAACUCGGCUUCUUCUGGAUCAAACAAUUGCCAGAACUGUAGCAAGUCACUGCAUAUAAACUGCAGUGGAGAGGAUGUGACUAUAAAGAGUUCGCGCGGAUAUAUAAUUUACCAAGGAGAUAACUAUGGACAAACAGUUCUGCAACAAAUUAUCUUGGUAACAACUGGGGAUUCAGCAAUACUACCAGACUUUAUGGAUGAUGCAACAACAGAAGACGCUUAUUCGGUUUCAUCAGAAUCUUUAGUAUUAGCGAAAUACCCCGAGCUUUAUCAGAGAGCACGCCGUUCUCCCUUGAGUAUGUCUUACAAUGCCUUUUGCAUUGAGAACGGAAGCUACAAUGUGAAACUGCAUUUCGCCGAGAUUCAGUUCUCAGACAAAGAACCUUACAGUAUACUUGCAAAAAGGCUUUUUAACAUCUAUGUUCAGGGGAAGUUGAUUUGGGAGGAUUUUAGCAUUAGAGAAGAGGCUAAUGGAACUCACAAGGAAGUUAUAAGAGAAGUGAACAGAACAGUAAGAGAUAACUCGUUAGAGAUACGAUGUAUUGGGCAGGAAAAGGCACGACGAUCAUUCCACGUAGAGCGAACUAUUGAUCUCUUAUCUCUGCAAUCACAGUUUGUCCUAGGAAAGCUAUCAGAUGGAACACUGAUUGCUGAAAGAAUACUUGCCUUUCUUCAUGAGGAAUCAACGGUCAAGAUCAUUCACCGAGACAUCGAAGGAACGAAUGUACUGUUAGAUAAGGACCUUAACGCUAAGAUUUCAGAUUUUGGAUUGGCUCGACUGCACGAAGAUGAGAAGAGUCUCAUUAGCACCAGAAUCACAGGAACAAUAGGAUAUAUGGCUCCUGAAUAUGCAAUGAGGGGUUACCUAACAGAGGCGGAUGUUUAUAGCUUCGGCAUUGUGACAAAGGAGAUUGUCAGCGGGAAGAGCAAUGCUUUCUUGCUGCACAAGAAAGGGGAUUUUGCAGACAACCCAAAGCUAGAAGGCAAGUUAGAUUUAGCUGAGGCAGAGAGAAUGGUCAAAGUUGGGCUUCUUUGCACAAACAAGUCUCCAACACUAAGCCCAAGUAUGUCGGAAGUUGUGAAAAUGCUCGAAGGAGAGUCGGAGAUAGAACAGAGCAUCUCAGGCCCUAAUGUGUACGGAGAUGACUUGCAAUUCGAGCCAACGUCAGAGACCGGGGACCUCAUCGUUAUCUUCAUGUCUGUUUCGCCGUCUUCUCCAUCUGCUUACGAUCUGUAUCCACUUGGUGCUGAGUCCAUUGUUUUACGUAGCAGCCUAUAUGAUUUCAUCUUCUUCUGUCUUUAA